AUGGAGUCAAAGUGCUGCAUGAACGGUUUGUGUGCUGCUUCCACGUCGAUUCGGUGGCGUAAAGGUUGGAUACUUCGAUCCGGUGAAUUCGCCGAUCUAUGCGAUAACUGCGGUUCUGCUUAUGAGAAGUCAGAGUUUUGUGAUAUGUUCCAUGCGAAAGAUUCUGGUUGGAGAGACUGCACUUUAUGUGGCAAGCGUCUCCACUGUGGAUGCGUUGCUUCAAGGUCUCAGAUUGAAAUACUUGAUACUAGUGGUGUAAGCUGUACAACCUGUGCAAGUAAUUUAGGACUUCAACCUAUUGCUAGUAAUGAAAAGCCUAAUGAAUCUGGAACAGCAAAGGAAAAACAUGUCAAUGCGCAGCAGUGCAUAUCUCUGGCUGACCAAUUAAAUGUGAAGGAUAUGCAAGUUGGGAAUUAUUCAGAAAAUGACGGUCUCAGGUGCUGGUUCAAACCUCACAAUGUUGAUAUGGAUGGACCUUCUACAGAAAUCAAACCAGCAGUUUUACAUUCUGUUGGAGAAUUUGGUAACACUUCGACAUCUCAAUUUCAUCUUGAGUCAAAUGGAUCAUCUAGGACUGCCAAAGUAGAGAACUGUAAGGCAGAUAACAUGCAAGAUAUAUAUGAAUCACUGGCACAGACAAAUUUGAGUAUGACCCUUGCUACCCCUUUGGUAAAUUUUAAUCCCUUUCAUAAUGCCCUUGUUGAUGAAAGGGAUCAAAGAAAAAUGUCACCUCCACUUCUAUUGGCGUCUAGAUCUCGCCAUCUUUUACCUAGACCCCCUAGGCCAACUCUCUCUCCAGGCUUAGAAGGUAAUGCAGGCAUGGUGUCCCAGAUUCGUAUAGCAAGGCCUCCUGCUGAAGGACGAGGAAGGAAUCAGUUGCUUCCACGAUAUUGGCCUAGAAUUACAGAUCAAGAGUUGCAGCAAAUAUCGGGAGAUCCAAAUUCCACCAUUGUGCCACUCUUUGAAAAGAUGCUUAGCGCAAGUGAUGCUGGUCGAAUUGGUCGCUUGGUUCUACCAAAAGCAUGUGCUGAAGCAUAUUUCCCUCCUAUAUCUCAACCUGAGGGCCUUCCUCUGCGAAUCCAAGAUGUGAAAGGAAAAGAAUGGAUGUUUCAAUUUAGAUUUUGGCCAAAUAACAACAGUAGGAUGUAUGUUUUAGAAGGUGUAACCCCAUGCAUUCAGUCUAUGCAACUGCAAGCUGGUGAUACUGUAACAUUUAGCCGUAUGGACCCUGAGGGGAAACUUAUAAUGGGGUUUAGGAAGGCAACGAAUUCUGCUUCAUUACAGGAAACUUUUCUGUCUAAUAUGCCCAAUGGUUCUCAGUCAAGUGAAACUUCCUAUUCUGGUGUUUAUGAGAAUAUACCUAUAUUAAGUGGUUACCGUGGCCUUCUUCAGUCUCAAAAGGGAUGUUCAGAAACCCACCUAAAUGCGCUGUCUAAGAAAUGGAACUCAGUUGGCGGUGACUUGGAUUGGCAUAAUGUAGAAACACCCGAAAGCAGGAAGAGAGAUGCGUUGUCUUUACCACCCGUGCUGGUUCCCGAGAAGAAAAGAACCAGAAAUAUUGGGUCAAAAAGUAAGAGGUUACUUAUUGAUAGCCAGGAUGCAUUGGAGCUGAAACUUACUUGGGAAGAGGCUCAGGAUUUACUCCGUCCACCGCCAGAAGUUAAACCAAGUGUUGUCAUGAUCGAGGAUCACAUAUUUGAAGAAUAUGAAGAGCCUCCAGUCUUUGGAAAAAAGAGUAUAUUUGUGGUACGAUCUAAUGGGAUAAAUGAGCAGUGGGCACAAUGUGAUAGUUGCUUAAAAUGGCGAAAGUUACCAGUUGAUGUACUUAUUCCCUCUAUGUGGACAUGUAUGGAGAAUUUUUGGGAUCAAAGCAGGUGUUCAUGUGCUGCUCCUAAUGAAUUGAACCCAAGGGAACUGGAUAAUCUUUUGAGAAUGAACAAGGAAUUCAAGAAACAAAGACUAGCAGCGGCAAGCCAGAGGCCAGCUCUGGAACGUGAAGGUCUUGAUGCUUUGGCCAAUGCUGCAGUACUUGGAGAUGAUACAAGUGACUCUGGCAGGACACCAGUCGUGACCACUACAAAACACCCUCGUCAUAGACCUGGAUGCUCCUGCAUUGUCUGUAUCCAGCCACCAAGUGGGAAGGGCAAACACAAACCUUCAUGCACCUGUAACGUGUGCUUGACAGUUAAACGUCGGUUUAAAACCCUGAUGAUGCGAAAGAAGAAACGUCAAUCUGAGCGCGAAGCUGAGAUUGCUCAGAAAAAUCAGCUAUCAUGGCGGACCAAUGAUGAAUCAGAAGUAGACAGCACCACUCGACAUUUAACUCCAGUUGAUGGUUCGGAGAAUGAUACAAGGAUGCCAAACGAGUUAGCCUCAAGGAGUCAAGACCAAGUGGCUGAAGCUUCCAAGGGACAAUUAGACUUGAACUCCCAACCGGACCGGGAAGACAUGCAAGCUGGACCAAACACUCUAAGCAUGAUGACUCUUCUUGAAGAAGCGAAUCUCCCAUUGGAGACAUACCUGAAGCAAAAUGGUCUCUCUAGCUUGAUAUCAGAGCAGCAAACAAACUCAGCUUCAAAUGUGCAGCCACAGACAACCACUGAGAGUGAGGGAAGACAAAAUGAAGAUUGCUGUACUGCUUCUGCAGUUCAUGAACAGGUAGGCAGUCCUGAAGAAAACAGCGAGCAAGACAGAGACCAAAACAAGUCAGUUUCAUGA